AGCGGUUCCAGUCAGGAUUUGUGGUGAUCUGAAAAUCUCAAUUUACCGCUAUAAAUCGAGUUCUAACUUAAGUAAACCGCUUCUCAGUGAAAGUGCAAUCGCUAAUUUACUAUUUAAAGUGAAAAGUUUUGUGAAAAACACUCAAGUUUGAGUAGAAAUCUCCCGAGUCGAAUUAUCGAUUUUUCACCGGAAUCCGGCUUGCGUGACGCGAUGGCCACCAAAGACGUGAAAUCCUUUUUCCACGAGUGGUGCCAGAAGAACGGCAGCGACCCGAACUUCAACGUUCGUCCCACGGGUCCCAAGAACCGGCAGCGCUUCCUGUGCGAGGUCCGCGUUCCCAAUGUGGCGUACGUGGGCGCCGGCAACUCCACCAACAAGAAGGACGCCGAGCGGAACGCCGCCCGGGACUUUGUCAACUAUCUGGUCCGGGCCGGGCAGAUUUCCCAGUCGGAUGUUCCGUCGGACGAUCCGGCCAGCGGCAGCAGUGGCGCCGGUCAAUCGUUUGGCGGCAACCAGUCGUACGGAAAUGCCUCCGGUGGCAACGAUGGGCCGCCCUCGCUGAUGGUCAUGAAUCCGGCCAACGUGUUCAAGGGCGGAAUGGGACCGUCGGAUUUGGGCCAGGCCUACCGGCCGUAUCAGCCGUCGCGCGAGGAUCUCGCCGAACAGGCGGCCAACAUGGAGGCGGCCGAAUCGCUGGACGUGAACGCCGCCAUCCACGGCAACUGGACCAUCGAAAACGCCAAGGCCCGGCUCAACCAGUGGCUGCAGCAGAACAAGCUCAACCCGGAGUACAAGUACACCUGCGUCGGACCGGACCACAACAGAAGCUUCAUGGCCGAGCUGAACAUCUACGUGCGGCAGCUGAACCGGCCCGUAGUUGGUCGCGAGUCCGGCUCGAACAAGCAGUCCGCUUCGAAGUCGUGCGCCCUGUCGAUCGUCCGCCAGCUGUUCCAUCUCGGGGUGAUCGAGGCCAACACGGGCGUCGCCGGAAAGGCGGCCAAGGCCCAGGAACAGCUGAAGCCGCUGCCGGUGCGAAUUUCGGACAAGCUGGAGCAGCGGAUCGUGCAGUGCUUGCAGGAGGUCGAGAUCCAGCCGGUGAAUGUGCAACGCGCCAAGCAGGAAGUCGGCGGGGAGGGGUUGAGUCUGUUGCAUCCGUCGGACGAGGUGCACUUCAAGGCGCAGAGUAUCAGCUUGAAGCAGCAGGCGUCGGUUAUUCCGUGGUCACCGCCCCAGCCGAACUGGAACCCGUGGAUUGCUUGUAACAUUGACGAAGGGUACUUGGCUACGGCGUCGCUGGAUCAGUUGAGCGAUGAUCUGAUGAAGGGGGCGCGUGAACGGGAACAGCAGGACAAGGACUUGCAGGAGAGCAGGAGGAAUCGGGAGCAGUUGCCGAUCGCGGCGAUUCGCGAUCGGAUCAUGGAAGCGAUCAACGAUAAUCCGGUGGUGUUGAUCCGCGGUAACACCGGCUGCGGUAAGACGACCCAGAUUGCGCAGUUCAUCCUGGAGGAUUACAUCAACUCUGGCCAGGGUGCGUACUGUAACGUGGCCGUAACGCAGCCGCGUCGGAUCAGCGCAAUCAGCGUGGCGGAACGUAUUGCGAACGAGCGCUGUGAGAACCUUGGGGAGGCGGUCGGUUAUUCGGUGCGGUUCGAGUCGGUUCUGCCGCGGCCGUACGGAUCGAUCAUGUUCUGUACGAUUGGAGUGUUGCUGCGCAAGCUGGAAGCAGGCCUGCGAGGUGUUUCGCACGUGAUCGUUGAUGAAAUUCACGAACGUGACGUCAACAGUGACUUUAUUCUGGUGGUGCUUCGUGACAUGUUGCACACUUAUCCGGAUCUGCGGGUCAUCCUUAUGUCCGCCACGAUCGACACGACGCUGUUUUCGGAGUAUUUCGGAAAUUGUCCCUGCAUCGAAGUGCAGGGAAGAGCGCAUCCAGUGGAGCAGUUCUUCCUGGAAGAUUGCAUCGAAAUGACCGGAUUUGUUCCCUCGAUGGACACCAAGAAGCGCAAACGAGGUGGCGGCAACAAGGAUGACGACGAUGAAGGUGAGGGAGAGGCAACGCUCAAGCUGACCGGUGAAGCGGACACUUCCAACCUGAACACGGUCAUCGACGAACGACGCUACUCGAUCCAAACCAAAAACUCAAUGGCCCGUAUGUCCGAGUCCGAGUGUUCCUUCGAGCUGGUGGAAGCAAUCUUAAACUUCAUCGACCAGCAGAACGUCCCGGGAGCCGUGUUGGUCUUCCUCCCAGGUUGGAAUCUGAUCUUCGCCCUCAUGAAGUUCCUCCAGAGCAAGCCCCAGUUCAGUGGCAGCAAAUGCACCAUACUCCCACUUCACUCGCAACUCCCCCGAGAAGACCAACGGAAAGUGUUCCAGCACUUUGGCAACAGCCGCAAGGUCAUUCUGGCGACCAACAUCGCUGAAACUUCGAUCACGAUCGACGACAUCGUGUACGUGAUCGACAUCUGCAAGGCCCGCAUGAAGCUGUUCACCUCCCACAACAACAUGACCAGCUACGCGACCGUAUGGGCCGCACGCACAAACCUGGAACAGCGAAAGGGUCGCGCAGGUCGUGUCCGGCCGGGCAAGUGUUUCACGCUCUGCUCCCGCGCCCGCUUCGAAAAGCUGGACGAACACAUGACGCCGGAAAUGUUCCGCACUCCGCUGCACGAGCUGGCCCUCAGCAUCAAGCUGCUCCGCCUCGGUUCCAUCGGCCAGUUCCUCUCCAAGGCGCUCGAACCGCCCCCGCUGGACGCCGUCAUCGAGGCCGAAGUGCUGCUCAAGGAGAUGAAGUGUCUGGACGCGGCCGAGGAGCUGACUCCGUUUGGGCGCAUUCUGGCCCGGCUUCCGAUCGAACCGCGCCUCGGCAAGAUGAUGAUCCUGAGCACGCUGUUUGGGCUGUGCGACCCGAUGGCGACGAUGGCCGCCUAUUCGGGCACGUUUUCGGAGAUUUUCGCCCUGGACAUGGGCCAGCGCCGGUUGAUGACGCGCCAGAAGGCGCUCAGCGGCAAGCGCAACUCGGACUUUGUGGCACUGCUGACGGCGUUCCGGAUGUGGAGUUCAAAAAGCCGUUACGGCGAGGACGCCGAGAAGCAAUUCUGCGAGGAAAAGGGCCUGCAGCAGCCCACGUUACGCGUCAUCUCCGAGGCGAAGCGCCAGCUGCUGGAACUGUUAUCCCAGGCCGGCUUCCCCGAGGAGUCCAUGGUCGAGAUGAGCUUCAACCAGGACGACGACGACUCCCGGCUGGACAUUGCGCUGGGAUUGCUGUGCGUUGGCCUGUACCCGAACAUUUGCGUCCACAAGGAGAAGCGCAAGGUGCUGACGACCGAGUCGAAGGCGGCCCUCAUCCACAAAACGUCGGUCAACUGCUCCAACCUGCAGGUCACCUUCCCCUAUCCGACGUUCGUGUUUGGCGAGAAGAUCCGCACGCGGGCCGUCUCCUGCAAGGCCAUGUCCAUGGUGGCACCGAUCCACAUUCUGCUGUUUGGCUGCAAGAAGGUCGAGUGGGUCGACAACAUGGUCCGCAUCGACAACUGGCUCAACUACGAGAUGGACCCGAAUCAGGCGGCGCUCAUUGUGACGCUGCGACCGGUUAUUCAGGAUCUGUUGAUUCGCAUCACCGAACAUCCCGAGGACGUCAACCAGCUGGAGGACAAGUACCAGAAUUUGAUCGAUGUCGUGAGGGAUUUGUGUACGUUUAGCGCGGGCGAUUUCGAAAUCACGCGGGAGACCGGGCUUUCGCCGUUGGAUCAGGCGCGAGCAAGUUAUAAUAGCAAGUUCCCGCGGUCGGAUAACGGAGGAGGCGGCGGUGGAAAUCGGUUCGGUGGACGGGGAGGUGGAUUUGGGGGUGGAAAUCGUGGUGGAUUCGGCGGAGGACGAGGCGGGUACGGAGGUGGUUAUGGAAACAAUGGCGGUGGAGGAUUUGGAAAUAAUGGAGGUGGUUUCGGCGGUGGCGGCUUUAACCGCGGAGGAUUUAGAGGAGGACGCGGCGGACAGCGCUGGUAAAUUCGUAACAUUAUUUAAGGCAGUACUAAAAUAGUGGAUUACACUCUCAAGUGUAUCGAAAGCAUUCAAUUUUACAUAACAGCGUUUGACGAUAAUUCUGAAUAAUUAUACGUGGACAAAUA